AUUCUUUUUUUUUUUUUGGUCUUCUUUAUUCUUUAUAUAUAUUUUUAACAUUCACCGCGGACUGGUAUAUCGAAGCAGCAGGAGGCUCUUUCUCUCUCUCUCUCUCUCUUCGCAUCUGAGGAUUUUCUUCCAUUCAAGCUACUUUUUCAAAGGGCGAAAAUCCUCUCUCCCAAACACGAACACAAGCGCACGCAUUCUGGAUUCUAGGUAUUCUUCUCGAGCUUUUGUAUGCAUAAUCUGCUUGGAGCUGGAUACCAUCAAAUCUGUCAGCUGUGAGACAAAACUGAAAUUGACGGUUGAAAUUUAGGCUCCCUCUCAUGGUUUAUUUGGGCAAUUCGCUUGUACGGUUGCUGACCAGCUCCGAUGCCUACUAUCCAUUUGUUUUUGGAUGUCUUGCCAUUGGAUCAUUUGGGCUUCUGGCUGUCAUAUAUACGUUUCUUAGGUGGAAAAAAAGGACGUCUCUAAAAUGGGUUAAAGCUGCGGCGACAGCAAAGAAAGAAGUUUGGAAUAAUCUAAAAUUGCCCCUAUCACAUCAUAUGUGGAUCGAAGAUUUUGCUUAUUGUGAAGAGCCAUCCAUGUGCAGUGUUUGCUUGACUUCCUUGGUGUCUCCUCAAAAUUUAGGUACAAAAGCUUCAUCACUUACUCCUGUCCAUCGUUGCUCUGUCUGUGGUGUAGCAGCUCAUUUUAAUUGUUCUCAGUUUGCAGUAAAGGAUUGUAAGUGUUUGGCACAAGCCGGUCUUAACCAUGUUCGACACCACUGGUCAGAAAAAUGGGUUAAUAUGGAUGAUAACCCUGAUGUAUUUGCUUUCUGUUUUUACUGUGAUGAACCAUGUGGUGUUCCUUUUCUUGAUGCAUCUCCUACAUGGCAUUGCCUAUGGUGUCAGCGCCUCAUUCAUGUCAAAUGUCAUGCCAAAAUGGAGAAAGAAUCUGGUGAUGUUUGUGAUCUGGGUCCUCUUAAAAGGACUAUUCUUUCUCCACUCUGCGUUAAAGAAGUUGAUGAAGCAAACAGUGGAGUUGGAAUGCUAACUUCUAUCACAAAGGAAAUUAUAUCUUCUUCUGUUUAUGGUCAGAUUAAAAGAAGGAACCACCGCAGCAGCCGUGGAAGCAGUCGUUCUAUUAAUGGUAAGUUGCAAGAUGCUUCAGUGACUGAUACAGCUGUGGAUUAUGCGCUUAAUGGCCUUGCUGAUUUGAAGAGGCCCAGUGUUGAUUUGAAUAUUGAUUACAAAAAGAAGGAUGGCAAACCACUCAGUGUAAAGGGGAUCCAUAAUGGGUUAAGACAAAGAAAAAAUGGAACUGCCACGUAUUGUCAAAUUAAGAAACUUGCACUGGUUGAUUUGCCGCAAGAUGCCAGACCUGUUUUGGUAUUUAUAAAUGCCAGGAGUGGAGGUCAAGAUGGGCCUACUCUUCGGUGGAGACUGAACAUGCUAUUAAACCCUGUGCAGAUUUUUGAAUUGACUGCUUCUCAGGGCCCUGAGGUGGGUUUGGAUUUGUUCAGUAAAGUACAAUACUUUAAGGUUUUGGUCUGUGGUGGAGAUGGCACCGUUUCAUGGGUCCUUGAUGCAAUCGAGAAGCACAAUUUUGAAUCACCUCCACCUGUUGCUAUCCUUCCACUCGGUACAGGAAAUGAUUUGUCAAGGGUACUGCAGUGGGGAAGAGGUUUUUCUACAGUUGAUGGACAAGGUGGCUUGACCACACUUUUGCAGAACAUUAAUCAUGCUGCAGUUACAAUGGUAGAUCGCUGGAAAGUAAAUAUUAGAGAAGAAAAUCCAGAACGCAAAGUUAAUAAAGUGCAAUCCAAGUUCAUGAUGAACUAUUUAGGUAUUGGAUGUGAUGCAAAGGUUGCUUAUGAAGUUCAUGUUACUCGGGAGAUAAAUCCAGAAAAGUUCUGUAGUCAGUUUGUUAAUAAAUUGCGAUAUGCCAAAGAGGGUGCCAGGGAUAUAAUGGAUAGAACUUGUGCUGAUUUACCAUGGCGAGUUUGCCUUGAAGUCGAUGGGAAAGACAUUGACAUUCCAAAGGAUUCUGAGGGUUUAAUUGUGCUCAACAUUGGCAGCUAUAUGGGUGGAGUAGAUCUUUGGCAAAAUGACUAUGAGCAUGAUGAUGAUUUUACUGUGCAGUCCAUGCAUGAUAAAUUGCUUGAGGUUGUAUGUGUUUGUGGAGCAUGGCACCUUGGCAAACUUCAGGUUGGACUUUCCCAAGCUAGAAGACUAGCUCAAGGGACAGUCAUAAGAAUACAUUCUUCCAGUCCUUUCCCAGUUCAAAUAGAUGGGGAGCCAUUCAUGAAGCAACCUGGAAGCAUAGAAAUAUCACACCAUGGGCAGGUGUUCAUGUUACGGAGGGCUUCUGAGGAGCCCAGAGGGCAUGCAGCUGCAAUCAUGGCAGACGUGUUAGUGGAUGCUGAGUGCAGAGGCAUUAUCAAUGCAUCUCAGAAGAAAGUACUUCUCCAGCAGAUGGCCCUCCUUCUCACUUGAUCUUUUUCUCCUAGUCUGGCUGACGUGAGUCCCUCGUUCUUCCCUUUUUUUUUUUUUUUUUGGUUGUUGAGGCAGAAUAGGUUUUUCUUACACUAAUUUUUUUUUUUGUUGUUGCAAAAUUACUCCUUUUUGUGCCAGUACUUGUAUAC